AUGGCUGAAGAAGAACACAAUUUCGAAGUUGCUGACGCUGGUUCCUCCGCUACUUACCCAAUGCAAUGUUCCGCUUUGAGAAAAAACGGUUUCGUCGUCAUUAAAGGUAGACCAUGUAAAAUUAUUGAUAUGUCCACUUCUAAAACCGGUAAGCACGGUCACGCUAAAGUCCAUUUAGUCGCUACCGAUAUUUUCACCGGUAAAAAAUUAGAAGAUUUAUCUCCAUCCACUCACAACAUGGAAUGUCCAAACGUUAAGAGAACUGAAUUCCAAUUAUUAGACAUUGAUGACGGUUUCUUAUCUUUAAUGACCAUGGAUGGUGAAACUAAAGAUGAUGUCAAAGCCCCAGAAGGUGAAUUAGGUGAAACUAUGCAAGCUGCUUUUGAUGAUGGUAAGGACUUAAUGGUCACCGUUAUCUCAGCCAUGGGUGAAGAAGCUGCUAUCUCUUUCAAAGAAGCCGCUAGAGCUGAUUAA